CAUACGCUAACUGACCAAGCAACUAAAAAUCACAGAAGUCUACCAUCGGGCUUAACUCUUUUACGGUGUUAUCUCUCCAGUUUAAUGUAGCCGACCCACCAUCUAUUUGUUGUCUUUAACCUGAAAGCGUUCGCUCGAGGGAACUGCUACCCGGUGCUUGUCGGUAUCGGUGGUCGCGUGGAGAUGAGCAGUCCUGAUGCGGGUUACGCCAGCGACGACCAGACCCAGUCCCAGGGUGCAAACUCAAUCAUGAUGCCCGUUAUGGGUCACUGUGCGUGGGGAGCAGACCCGCUCAGUCCGCGCACAGACACCAAAGGCAAAGGUGAGUCGUGCGCAGGAGCUCCAGGUCGCGGGAAGAGUGAACCCCGGAUCCGUAGACCGAUGAACGCGUUUAUGGUUUGGGCAAAAGACGAGCGCAAAAGGCUUGCACAACAGAACCCGGACCUCCACAAUGCGGAGCUCAGUAAAAUGCUGGGGAAAUCCUGGAAGUCGCUGGCGGUGGCUGAGAAACGUCCGUUUGUGGAGGAGGCGGAGCGACUGCGCGUGCAGCACAUGCACGACCACCCCAACUACAAGUACCGUCCACGCCGGCGCAAGCAGGUGAAGCGCAUCAAGCGGCUGGACAACAACUUCCUGUUGCAGACUGGCGCACCUGAUCCCCAGGCUUCUUCUCUAAGCCUAGAAGGCCUGGGGUUGGCCUACCACCACCACCCCCACCAUGAGCACGCUGGUUACCCCCUGUCUGCACCUCCAGGUGGACUGGCGCAGUACUCCGAGUCCCAGGCUCUCCUGGGGCCUGUUGCUUUUGAGGCCUACAGCCUGCCCACGCCGGAGUCGUCUCCACUGGACGAAGUGGAGAGCGAGGGUAUGUUUCUGCCGCCCCACGGCCAGCAGGACGAGUGCCCCACGCUGCCCAGCUACCAUGGCUACCAGGUGCCGCUCGGCGAUUAUGCCCCACCUGGGCACCAUCCACAGGGUCACCUCACAAACCCACACGUACACCAGCACAGGAGCCCGCACACACAGCACCAGCAGCAGCAGCAGCAGCAUCAGCACAGCAGCGCGCACACACACCAGCACGGUGCCACACACACACAGCAACAGGCGCGCCACAGCCCGCACCCCCAGCAGCAGCAGCAGCAGCAAGGCGGCGCGCACGGCCUCCAGCAGGGCAGUGCGCUGGCCCUCCAGCACGCUGGCGCCCAUGCACACAGCCCUCUCUCUGGCGUCCACACCAGCCCCCUCUCUCACCCCGGCUCCAUGUUCCACAGGCACCUCUCCGCACCCCCCUCUGAGACAGUGCUGCCCAGCUACAUGGGCUGUCCAGCGUCGCUGGGAGUCUUCUACGGCGGUGGAGCCAAACGCCCCGGGGGGCAGCACGGUCAGCUCUCCCCGCCCUCGGAUGCCCCAGGCCCGGUGGCCAGCUCGGCCGAGCUCCUGGGAGAUGUGGACAGCAGCGAAUUCGAGCAAUACCUCCCCUACGGGGCCCCCGACGGCAGUCUGCAGGGGCCUGAGAGUCUGAUAUCAACCGUGCUGUCUGAUGCAUCCACAGCUGUCUACUACUGCAACUACACCAGCGCCUGACAGCACUGGCCAUCAUGCUGAAUGGAUCUGAACACUCUGGCUGGGCCACUGACCUCUUGUCACCUCUGCAUCCACAUCUCCUCCACACUUGCCAUUGAGCUGAGAGUGUAAUUGAUUAAAAUAUGUUUAGUAAACUAUUUCAAUAUUGUAAAAUGACAUUUUGGGGCAGAAUGUGUCAUGUUUUGUAUUUAAAAAUAAAUUGAUGGAAAAAUUGUGAUUUUUUAAAUAAGGGGAAUUUUAAGUGUGUAACAAUUACCUUGAAGAUAAAACUUUUAGUAACUUUU